UUUCAAUCCCGAUAGAGUUCAGACCGUCAGAGUGGUGCAUGAAAGUUUGGUCAACAAUUUUAUCGCUUCUGGCUGUAUUAUAUUAUUUUGUUCGCUGCCUUGUCCAGUCAAUCACUCUUUUCUAUAGAAAAUUGCAGUGAGCAAAGGUUUUUAAAAAAGUAAAGUUAAAAAAAAAGUGGAAAAUGGUUGGCGUUGUUUACGAAAAUUUGGAUUUAAAGAGAGAACGUUCCCGUUGCUCAUUUGAUAAAGAAGAAAUCACUAAUCUGAUUGAUGGAGGCAAAGAAAAAACGCAAGAACGUCGAGAUCUAGAGGAGUUUAUUGUGAGCGAUGAAGACCUGAAAGAUUCGAUUCCUAUUGAAUAUCUUAGUCACGCAGACAAAUAUUCAGCUGAACUAAGAAAGGCUUGUCUGCUGUUCAAAAAGCUCUCUGAUCCGUCAAAUGGGCCAAAGGACGUUUCCACCGUAGCGCUUUUAAGCACCGGUGCCGGCGCGAUUGCGCUUAAAGAAGGCAACCCUUUGGCUCUUCAUUACAUCAUGUUUUUGCCCACAUUGAUGAGCAUGUGCACUCCUGAACAACAGGAAAAAUGGCUUCCCAAAGCCACUAGUCUCCAGAUGAUUGGAACUUAUGCUCAAACAGAGAUGGGUCAUGGAACUUUCCUCCGCGGACUUGAAACUAUAGCAACGUAUGAUCCAGCGACCAAGGAAUUUAUUUUGGAAACACCGUCUUUGACAGCGUACAAAUGGUGGCCUGGUGGAUUAGGACAAACCACAAAUUAUGCUAUUGUUAUGGCGCAGCUUUUCACGCGUGGAAAGUGCGAAGGAAUCCAUCCAUUUUUGGUGCAAUUAAGAGAUGAAGAAACUCACGAACCAUUGCCAGGAAUCAGUGUCGGAGAAAUCGGACCCAAAUUAGGUUUCAAUACUGUUAACAAUGGAUAUCUUGGUUUUGAAAAAGUGCGGAUACCUCGUGAUCAUCUGCUCAUGAAGCAUUCGCAAGUCCUUGAAGACGGAACCUAUGUAAAACCAGCUAGUACUAAACUUGGCUACGGAGCUAUGGUUUUCGUUCGCGUCCUCGUUAUCCGGGAUGUCGCCGUUCAACUGCGAAAAGCAGUGACAAUUGCCACUCGAUAUAGUUGUGUUCGUCAUCAGUCCGAACUUAAACCAGGAGAUCCUGAACCACAGAUCCUUGAUUAUGUUGCCCAACAAAACAAAUUAUUUCCUCCACUUGCUGCGACAUUUGGAUUUCAUUUCGCUGCAAAUUAUGUAUGGGAUUUGUACAACACCGCAAGAGAUGGUAUUGGCAAAGGAGAUCUUCAUCUUAUGCCUGAUCUUCAUGGACUAUCCUGUGCGCUGAAAGCGCUCAGUUCAAGUGAGGCUAGUAAUUUUGUAGAAGUUCUACGGCAGUCGUGUGGAGGUCAUGGCUACAUGGUCUGUAGUAAUUUUCCGCGGAUAUAUAGUUUGGUGACUGCUGCAGAAACUUAUGAAGGAGAAAAUACAGUGCUAUGGUUACAAGUUGCCAAAUAUUUAAUCAAGACGCGCAUGGAUAAAUCCGGUGGCCAAAGCGUAGCUUACUUGAUCGAUCCUAAUCUUAUGAGCAACAAGAUUGCUGAUCUCAGCAUCGACAGUAUUACCAAUCUCUUUAAAAGAGUUGCUGCAGGUCAUGUAGAUCUGGCUAUGAAGGAGCUUGAAGGUUACAGUCGGCGAGGCAUGGCUUCCCAUGACGCAUGGAAUCAUUCGUCGAUACAUUUAAUCAAAGCAGCGCAAGCACAUGCCCGUUAUUUUGUGGCCGACUGCUUUGCACGCUCAAUCAAAGAGGGGAAAUUCUCCGCUCCGGUCCGCUCAAUUCUUAACCAGUUAUGUGAGCUCCUCCUUAUCUAUUGGCUCAUAGAACGCAGUGGAGACUUUUUUAUGUUUGCAGAGCUUAAUGCGCAACAGCUGACUGAACUUCAAUCCAAGUACAUGGAGUUACUCGGUACCAUUCGGACUUACGCCGUGAACCUUGUUGAUGCCUUUGAUAUUCGAGAUGAAGCACUUGGUUCAGUUCUUGGAUGCUGGGACGGUAAUGCUUAUCAGAGGCUCUUCGACGAAGCCUCAAAAAGUCCGUUGAACAAGUCAACUGUCCAUCGAGAGUCAUUUGAAAAAUAUUUGAAACCUUUGAUGAAAUCAAAUCUUUGAAGUAUUUAUAUUCGCUGAAAACGCUCAAUUAAUCUUUAUUAAGUAGUUAAAUUCAUUAAGUAGUUGAAAUUCUUUGGGAAAUUCAUCUAGAAAUCUAUGUGGCUUUUGAAAAGCAACAGCAUUAUGUAAUAAACCAUUAAACUGAUUAUAAGUUUGUAAAUGGAUCGCGUAAUGGCACACUCGGAUGUAAACGCGUGUCAAAUAACACUGAUAAAUAAUAAAUCCUUGCUAUUUGUUUUUUUUU